CUGCAGCGGCGAAGGAAGCUCCGUGUCAAAGCGAAGCGCGCCCGGCUCGGCUCCAGCUCCAGCUCCGCUCAGCAUCUGGAUGGGGACGCCGCUGCUUCUGCCGCUGCUGCUGCUGGGGCUGCUCUCGGCCGUGGCGCCGCUGCGCGCCGUGCAAAUCGACCGGAGCCGCCUACAGUGGUUGGCCCGCGGGAAGGUGGAGAGCUGUGGUGGAUGACAAUUGAACCGCCUUCCAGAGGUGAAGGCCUUCAUCAAUGAAGACCUGCCUUUGUACCACAACAUGGACCUGAAAUAUCUGGCGGGGGCGGAUCCCGAACUCAUCCUGCUCAACAUUAAGUUUGAAGAGCUCCAGAGAAUCCCCUUGAGUGACAUGUCCCGGGACGAGAUAAACCAACUGAUGCAACAAUUGGGGUUCUACCGCAAAGAAACACCGGAUUCCCCUGUUCCCGAUGCCUUCCAGAUGGCGCCCGCCAAUUCGCUGCCCCCAGAUGUGGAAGCAAUGAAGGGCAAACCCGGGAAGCAGAAAAAGGGGGCGGGGGGCUCAGACCUAUAGAAUUCGGGGUGCUCUGUUGGUGUUUGUGAGGGGUGCCGUCUUGGAAGGAAGGGGAGGUCUUGGGGCAUUCAAAAUAUCUAGGUAACCUGUAUAAGAUUUCUUUUCUGGUUCACACACAAUUGUGCUGUCGGAGAGAUUAAUAUUCACAGAUGCAUAGCCAGUGGUGAGAUUCAACCGAUUUGCACUACUUUGAGAGAACCGGUUGUAAGUGAGUAAUUUGGUGAACUGGUUGUUGGAAGAAAUAAUGAGGGCAGAGAACCGGUUGUUAAAAUUAUUUGAAUCCCACUGCUGUGCAAAAGCUGCAAAUUUUGCUCAAGGGGAAGAACGUGUUACCACCCGCAAGAGAAACGUGGAAAAUAAAGACAGCCACACAUACGCAAUCCUGGGCCUGCUACAGACGGUCCUCGACUUAUGACCGCAGCGGAGACUGGGAAAAAACCGCGGGUGGAGCAGCGCGGUUGUUAAGCAAGACGCCGCACGCCCUCCCCCCCCGACUUGUGAAUUUCCCUGCCAGUUUCCCCAUUUGCCGGUUGGAAGCCAGCUGGGAAGGUUGCGAAUGGGGGAUCGUGCGGGACACCAACCCUUGUUAAGGGCAAGCCAGUCGCCGCAAGCACAAUCACAAUUGCGGCACUGGGGAUGGUUACGCAAGUCAGGGUGUGUGUGUGCGUUUCAGCGCCGUUCUUAACAGUCGCGAAGCGAACGGUUGUAAGUCAAGGACAGCCUGUAACAGAGAGAGAGAGAGAGAGAGAACACGGUUCUCUUUAACAGGAUUUAUUGGAAGAUGCCUUGAGCAAUUCUGCCCUUCAUUCCAAGACUGGCAUUCUGGCACCACCCGAGGCGCCACUCGCGUGCCCAGCACUUCCCUUCCAGCUGUGCCUCACCUGUGUAGGACCGGAUGAAGCCUUCCGCAGAAAGCUCUUGCUGCCGGAGGUGGAUAGACACGUCCUAUCAGGCUGGGGGAGCGCAGUCCGUUGGGGGGGAGCAGGCCGGCGAUCCCGAACUGGUUUAGGAUAGUAACAAUAAACUUACAUCUCCC